AUGACAAUAUCGGCCAUCAUGAUAGAUUGGCAACAACUUGUGGUUGGUGAGUUUGGCAAGGCGUUCAAGCGUAUGAAGUGUAUGUCUCGCCAAGUGCCAGAGGGAUACUUCCAUGUCUUCCUUUCAACCACCGAUGACGGUCCUGAUCAACGAGGAACACGGAAUACACUUCAUACCCAGUUUGCCACGGAGUACAAAGACUUGCCAAUGUUUUUCUUCACUGGCCUAUGUCUAAAACAUCAAUAUCAUUUGGCAGCUCGAUCACAACUUGGUCUUUGUGACAUAUGGCUGAGAAAGUUACAAAAGAAGUACAAGUACUUCUCAUCGGUGGCAACCAUUUGUCACACAUGGCGUGCUCACUUAGCAAAACUGCGCAAACUCUGGCGUGAGCUUCAUCAAGGUGAUAUUGGUCUUGGCCUUGGUCGACAGGCUGCAGAGUUCCGUGUACCACCACUAGCUGUGGCCGGCAGGUGGGCAAGUGUUGACGGCGCUGAGACCUUCUACAUCAACGCUGGUGCUGCAAAUGUGCGAGAUGUUUUUGUGGGCACUUUCACAAGCAAGGUUUUAGCACAGCAAGACGCAGAGUGUGAGAGUGGCAACGCAGACCCUUUGGAUGAACUUGCGCUUGAUGAGUCCAAGCACUACAAGCAGAAGAUAUCACGAUACAUCAAGAACUCCCUCACAUGUGUCAGUGAUCCUGCCUAUUGGUUUAUCCUUUGGACUUCAAACCACACCCGUAAGCCGUUGCUGCACUUCUAUAGAUUCCUAUGUGUGAAGCACACGUCCACCCGAUUGCAUGUGGUGGAAUUGGUGGGGCAACGCUUGGAUCUGGUGAUGGCUGAAUUCAACCAGCUUGUUGCUUCAUUUGACUCACGGAUUGAUGCAGCCUUCACUUUCAUGAACCUCGAGAACAGGUCGGAGAUGGCGUUGGAUGAUCUGUUGGCUUCAGCUUCUUGCACACAGGAAACUCUUCACGCUGUUGCUGCAUCACUUCUUCUCCACAAUGCUGCAGCGUUUGAGCGGCGUGUGUCAAGAUACUAUCAACGGUGCUUUUCUUAG